AUGUCUCUCCUAUCCUCUUUACGCGAAUUAUCCUUCUCUAGCGGCUCCCUCUACGUAGUUGGUAAAUAUAUCUUUGGCAUCUUCGUUGUGGGCCAACUCGUCGUUAUCCUGGCGUCAUGGAGGAUCAUCAAGUCCACCCUACGGCCGUGGUACAAUCCAUCUCCUCUAAGGGUGCUCAAGGGUCCCGCCGGCGGCUCCGUCAUGUUAGGCCAGAUGCUGGCUUAUAGCAUGCCUUCACUAGAGCCUGAUGCGUGGUUGCAUCGGGUCACAAAGAAAUUUGGACCCGUCGCGGUUAUCAGAGAUACUUUCAACGUCAGCACACUCUGGACCACCGACCUCAAAGCCAUCGCCUAUGUCCUCAACAAUCCACAAAUCUACCAUCGUCCCGAAUCCUUGCGGUAUUGGUUCAAAGAGUUUAUUGGGGACGGUCUCGUCUACGCGGAGGGCGAAGCCCACCGCCGCCAGCGGCGCAUCAUGAAUCCGGCCUUUGGAGCCACGCCAAUACGAGAGAUGACGAAGAUAUUUGUAGAUGUGUCCACCAAUUCAAAGAGCAUGUUCGAUGGCGCGGUGAAAGAACAGAAGUUCACGGAGGGAUGGACAGAAAUAGACAUGGCAGAAUGGACCUCUCGAGGCGCACUGGACAUGCUCUCGCUGGCCGCAUUCCAAUACCCGCUUAACACCCUUCACCGAUCUCGCAGUUCGAAUGACUAUGGACUCUUUCACGCCCUCGAAGAUGUCUAUACAUCUUCUGCUAUUAAUUUUCCGCUCAUGCUGCUGCGAGGAUGGAUACCACUGCUCCGUUUGCGUAUGUUCGAAUGGGAUGAUACAAGCGCACGGAUGAACCGCCUCCAUGGCUCGGUGAAGAGGUUGGCAACAAGGUUGAUCCAGGAGAGAACAGAAAUGAUUCGAGGGGGCCAGAUCAGCGCGGGGGACAGGGAUGUCCUAACACUCAUAGUACGAGCCAUGCUGGAUGACCAGAAGAGUAGAAGUAUGAGCGAAGAGGAAGUUAUUGGACAAAUUAUGACCCUUAUCAUCUCCGGCCACGAGACGCCUGCCUCAGCAAUGGUAUGGGCGCUACAUUCACUCAGCCAUGCUCCAGAAGUCCAAAACAAACUGCGCCUCGAAGCGAAAUCGAUCCUUCAAAACUCACCUAAUCCAACGCUCGACGAGCUCAACUCACUCCCAUACCUCGAUAAUGUCGUCCGUGAGGCGCUCCGCUUGCAUUCGCCCGGCGCAUGGAUGGAACGUACUCCACAGACUGUGGAUAUUAUUCCCGUUGGAACACCCUAUGAGGACCGUUUUGGAAAUAUGCGGGAUCAUAUCACGAUCUCUCCUGGAGACAAAGUCCGGAUCAGCGUGCUAGGUAUCAACCGCCGGGAGGAUAUUUGGGGACCGGACGCGCGUGAGUUCAAUCCAGAUAGAUGGGACAACCUCCCACAAGAGGCUGAGAAAAUACCUGGUAUCAUCGCAAACUCGAUGGUCUUUUCAACUGGCCCACGGGGCUGUAUUGGUUUUCGCUUCGCGAUUGCGGAGAUGAAGGCUAUGCUUUACAUGCUCAUCCGAGAUUUCGAGUUCGAAGCGGCAGUUCCCAAGGAAAAGGUCAUUCGUCGGCCUCAAGUUGUUUCCCGUCCAACCCUCAGAGGCGAAGGCCUCGCGCUCGUUGGUGAUGUUGGUGUAGGCAAGAGCUCCUUGCUAUCGCGGUUUACGCAUGACCGUUUUGACCCUGUUUACAAGUCAACCGUAGGAUGUGACUUUGGGCUGCGGACAAUCAAAAUCGAUGACCACAAUGCAAAGAUUCAGAUUUGGGACACUGCUGGCCAAGAGCGUUUUCAUACAAUUACGGCUGGACAUUACUACCGCAUGGAGUGCAUUGUGAUUGUCUACGAUGUUACCUCACGCGAGUCAUACAUAAACCUCUCCUAUUGGAUGAAGGUGGUUCGCGAGAAGGCCCAGCCCGACGCGGUGAUGGCGCUCAUAGGUACCAAGACAGAUUGCGGACGUCUCCGACAGGUCUCUUCAGAUGAGGGGCGGAUGCUCGCUGCGGAGUAUGGCAUGACUUUUCGGGAAACUUCUGCACUGGAAAAUGACGAUGAAAAGGGUAAAGUGCAUGCGGCAUUUACGGCCAUCCUUACCGCUGGCCAGGAACGCUUUCGUUCGAUUACGGCUUCGUAUUAUCGCGGCGUGGAGAGCAUCGCGCUUGUCUACGACGUCACCUUGCGCAAGUCGUACAUGAACCUCUCCUAUUGGAUGAAAGAAGUCCGCGAAAAGGCUCGACCGGAUGCAGUGGUGGUGCUGAUAGGCACCAAGACGGAUUGCGGACGUCUCCGACAGGUCUCUUCAGAUGAAGGGCAGAUAUUCGCCGCAGAAUAUGGCAUGACCUUUCUGGAGACGUCGGCGCUCGAAAACGACAACGGAAAGGGCAACGUGCACGAGGCGUUCAUGACAAUUCUUACUGAGGUUUACCUACACAAGAAGUAUAGAGAGCUCGACCGAUGGACCGUCGAUAAGACGGGUCCCGCCGGCGGCUCCAUCGCGUUGGGUCAUAUGAUGGCGUUUAGUAUGCCUUCACUAGAGCCUGAUGCGUGGUUGCAUCGUGUCACAGAGAAAUUGGGUCCCGUCGUGGUCAUCAGAGAUACCUUCAACGUCAGCACGCUGUGGACAACCGACCUCAAAGCCAUCGCGUAUGUUCUCAACAACCCACAAAUCUACUCUCGUCCCGAAGUCUCGCGGUACUGGUUCAAAGAAUUUAUUGGGGACGGCCUCGUCGUUGCCGAGGGUGAAACCCAACAACGCCAGCGGCGCAUCAUGAAUCCGGCCUUUGGGGCCAUGCCAGUACGAGAGAUGACAAAGAUCUUUGUAGAUGUGUCUCAUGAGCUAUGCGGUGAGAUGCGCGCCCUAUGCUCAGCGCCAGCCAAUUCAAAGAGCAUGUUCGAUGGCGCGGUGAAAGAACAGAAGAUCACAGAAGGAUGGACGGAAAUAGACAUGGCACAAUGGACCUCACGCGCCGCACUGGACAUGCUCUCGCUGGCCGCAUUCCAAUACCCGCUCAACACCCUUCAACGCUCCCGCAGCUCAAAUGACUAUGGACUCUUUCACGCAUUAGAGGAGGUGUACACCUUUUCUGUACUCAACUUUGCUCUACUUCUUCUUCGGGGAUGGAUGCCGCUCCUCCGUCUGCGUAUGUUUGAGCGGGAUGAUACCAGCGCACGAGUAAAACGCCUCAACGACGUCGUGAAGAAAUUGGCCAAAAGGCUGAUCCAGGAGAGGGUAGAGAUGAUUCAAGAGGGCCAGAUCAACGCGGGGGACAGGGAUGUCCUAACGCUUCUAGUCCGAGCUAUGUUAGAUGGCCAGAAGAGUAGAAGUAUGAGUGAAGAAGAGGUUAUUGGGCAGAUUAUGACUCUUAUUGUCUCUGGCCACGAGACACCCGCGCAAGCGAUGGUAUGGGCGCUACAUUCACUCAGCCAUGCUCCAGAAGUCCAAGACAAACUGCGCCUUGAAGCGAAGGCUAUUCUCCACAACUCACCUAAUCCAACGCUUGACGAGCUCAACUCACUCCCUUACCUCGACAAUGUCGUCCGUGAGGCGCUUCGCUUGCACUCGCCCGGCGCAUGGAUGGAACGUACCCCACAGAGUGUGGAUUGUAUUCCCGUCGAAAUGCCCUAUGAGGAUCGCUAUGGCAAUAUGCGGGAUCAUAUAACAAUCUCUCCUGGAGACAAAAUCCGGAUCAGCGUGCUUAGUAUCAACCGUCGGGAGGACAUUUGGGGACCUGACGCGCGCGAGUUCAAUCCGGAUAGAUGGGACAAACUUCCACAAGAGGCCGACAAAAUACCUGGCAUCAUCGCAAACUCGAUGGCCUUUUCAACUGGCCCACGGGGCUGUAUUGGUUUUCGAUUCGCGAUUGCGGAGAUGAAGGCCAUGCUCUACAUCCUCCUCCGCGAAUUCGAAUUUGAGCCCGCUGUCCCAAAGGAAAAGGUUAUUCGUCGUCCCCAAGUUGUUUCCCGUCCAAUCCUCAGAGGCGAAGUCGCAAGUCGCCUGCCAAUUCGAGUUCGGCCCAUCAAGAAUAUCUACUAG